GAACAAGGAACCGCCGUUUGAGAAAAAAGUUAAAUGUUCUUAUAAAUGGUGUGAAUUAUAUGAAGCUAAACGUUAUGGUCAUACUAGUCAUAAUUCUUAUGAAUUUCAAGAAGAAGAAGGCUGGGGCCUUCCAUCGAAAAAUCCUCCAUUCCCAUAG